GUAGAAAUUCACAGCAGUGAGGAAGCGUGGGUGGGUUUGUUGACAUCCUCUCUCUUCUAUUUACAAUGAUUCCUUGCAAAAUUGCUUAAAAUCUAUUCGACUUCCUCCAAAGGAGUCUUCUCGAUUUUUCGGGCACUCGAAAGGUUAAUUUUUGAAAAUGUUUUAACGGUUUUAUCAUGCUCAUCAUGAAAUUCUUAUUCCAAAGAGAGAAAAUUUAUGAGAGUUGUUUAAAGAAGUUUUAAGGAUGAAGAAUUGAAGUGUUCCCUUAGAUGCAAGGAGUUGUGGAUCUUAAUCAGUCCAUCAGCCAGUAGUGCCCAGUAAAGUGCUGAAACCUAGGAAAUAAAUUUAAAAGAAACCUUCCCCAAAUAUUAAAAAAAUCUCCAAGAUUUUUAAGCGAAAGAUGAGAAUGUUUGUAAAUAAAUUAAAUAGAAUAUGCAGGCUCCAGAGGAGCAGGAAGUUGUGCCUUUUCCUCUCAAUUCUCUGCUUUAUUGUCCUCAUUUAUUGCCUUGGUUCCCUCAUUGAGACAUCCACGAGGAUGCUGAAGUUCCAGAAUCAAGUCAGAGGACGGAAGUUGCGCGAGAAGAGCCGUGUGAUUGUUGGGCACUAUAUUGGACCAGGAAAUCAUGGGAAUCUCUCCAAAAAUGAUCUCAAUGCGAAUAAUUUCUCCCCAAUCCCGGGUGAAGGGGAAAAUGGGAAGCCAGUAGCUAUUCCCGUGAAGGAUAUGCUACGAAUGCAGCAAGUCUUCCAGGUGAAUCGCUUCAAUCUCCUGGCCAGUGAUAGAAUCUCCCUCAAUCGUUCACUCCCAGACGUGAGGCGUGUUAAGUGCGUUGAGAAGAGCUACAGCCCGGAACUUCCCAGCACAUCUGUGAUUAUUGUUUUUCACAACGAAGCGUGGUCAGUUCUCCUGCGAACUGUGUGGAGUGUUAUCACAAGGAGUCCACGGAAGUUUCUCAAGGAAAUAAUCCUUGUCGACGAUGCUAGUGAAAGAAAUUUCCUUCAUGAGCCCUUGGAGAGCUAUAUCUCAAGCCUUCCUGUGUCAACAAAGAUCUUCCGGUUGCAUGAGAGAGAGGGCUUGGUUGCAGCUCGUCUCUUGGGAGCAGAACGUGCCCGUGGGGAUGCCCUUGUCUUCCUCGAUGCUCACUGUGAGUGCUCACCGGGUUGGCUGGAACCACUCCUGGCGGAAGUUCACAAGGAUCGUCGGAAGGUUGCCUGUCCAGUGAUUGACAUAAUCUCAGAUGACAAUUUCAGCUACGUGAAGAGCUUCGAACUGCACUGGGGUGCCUUCAAUUGGCAACUCCACUUCCGGUGGUUCGCCCUCGCGAGUAGUGAGCUGCUGAAGAGGAGGAACGACAUAACAACCCCCUUCCGGACACCAGCCAUGGCAGGAGGGCUCUUUGCCAUUGAUCGAGAAUAUUUCUACGAAAUUGGGGCCUACGACAGGGCUAUGAAGAUCUGGGGUGGGGAAAAUAUGGAGCUCUCCUUUCGUGUUUGGCAAUGUGGCGGAGAGAUUGAGAUUGUGCCCUGUUCACAUGUUGGGCAUCUCUUCAGGAAAAGUUCACCGUACACCUUCCCCGGAGGAGUCAAUGAGAUUCUCAACAAGAACCUAGCUCGCGUGGCUCUUGUGUGGAUGGACGAAUGGGCGGAUUUCUUCUUCAAAUUCAACCCCACGGCUUUGCGAAUUGGUAAGUCUGAGAAUGUUACCGAUCGUUUGGAUUUGCGGAAAUCCUUGCAAUGCAAGGAUUUUAAUUGGUACCUCACAAAUGUGUGGCCUCAACACUUCUACCCGACUGAGGAACGUUUCUUUGGUCGAAUAAUUCAAAUUUCACCCGGAAGUCGCCUCAAUGUUGCCUACAAGAGUUUCCUAAAGAAAAAUAAUGUAAAUUCUGAUGGAGAUUAUUGGUUGAAUUUGAUCAAAGUGACAAAGAAUCAUGCUGAAGAGCUGCGUAAGCUUAUUGAGAGAGACUUUAAGAACGUUCGUUGCUUAAUGCGUUCAGCCUCAAAUGGGAUCUUUAACCAAUUUGGCCAGGCAACGCUCGAACCGUGCGAGAGUAGCCCCCAAAAUUCCCUCACGCAGAUGUUUGUCAUUACGAAGGAGGGAAAGAUCAUGACUGAUGAGAAUUUGUGCCUCGAUGCCUCGGAGAAGGCAGCAGAAUCAACCAAUAACUCCACAAUGGUUAGACUUAUCACGUGCGCCGAUACUGUUCGUCAAUCCUGGCUCUAUGACGCGGAUAAAUUGAGAAUUUUGCACAAAAUAUCGAGUUUUUGCUUCAACAGAGCCCAAAAGGAUGAGCAAGGACGACGCACUGAGGUUGUUAUUGAGAAAUGUAGCCAAGAAGUUAAGGAAUCGUGGAUUUUCAUACCAUACCCAUGGCGAUAGGCAAAGAGAGCUUUAAAGUUUCUAUUUACUAAAAAAAACUUAAUCUGUUGGAAGGAAUGUGAUAAAAAUUUAAGAAAAAAUGCUUUAAUAACUCUGUUAGAAUUUGCUGUCUCUCUACUGAUAACUUUAACUCGAUCCUUGGGAAUUUUUCAUGAAGCUCAUAGAUUGUUUUUUCGUGCUGCAUCAUCAGGAUUGAAUUAUUUAAAAGAAAAUUAAUUUAAAAUUAUUUUUUUUAUUUAAAAAAAAAUGUUAAAGAAACUGUUAAGAAGUUUAUUUCUUUUAUUCUCUUAACACGUCCUGUUCCUUUGGACGCCUCAAAGGCGUUUCAAUAAAAUUUCUGAAUUUUAUACACUUGCUGUAAUUUGUCACACAACGUGCGUUUUAAAAUUACCCGGCUGACAAGUAAUAACUCAACAAGUAUAUUUUGAAGUAAUCAAGGCAUUGUAAAAACAUUAGAGAAAUAUGAAUAGUUUUUCAACAUUAAUGUGAAUUUUUUACACGUAGUAGAGACAGCAAAUUUAGUUUCAACUAACAUGUAUUAAUACCUACACUGUGGGGUAAAAAAUUAGCAGUAUAUAUUAUUGAGCUUUCUCUAACGCCUGAAUGUAGGCAAACUGAGCUUCCGAGAGAGCUUUCAUCGCAUUUAUUGCAAAAAAUCAAUGAAAAAACUUACCUUGUGGUUAAAAAUACAACGAUUAGACUUUUAAUACCUACCCAGUAUCCAAAAUGAUUUUUUAUCUACUUAAAAAAAUUAUAAAAAGACUAAAAACUCCUUAAGAAAAAUAGAAGAAUGUUGUGCAAAAAAAGAACAAAGAAAUUCAACAAUGCUGUGUAAUGUUUAAAAAAAUUUAUUACGUAGAAAUUUUUGUCAUGUUUUUUUUCUACAAACAAAAAAUAAUUGUGCUCUUUUUCUAUGUAAAAAAAAAUGGUAACAAUAUAUUGUAAUUUUAUACAAAAAAAGUAUUAAAUGCUAUUUAGACUA